AUGAGUGAAAUGAUUGCUGAAGUAUUUGCUGAAGUAAAAGCCAAGCUAAAUACCUUCAAAAAUAAUCUUGACCAAAAGAAUCAGAACAAUAUUCAGAAAUCAGUCAUUUUAUAUGGACCCACAGGGAGUGGUAAAACUACGCUUUUUCACGCUUUAAAUGAUGAUCAAUUGACUAUACAGCUUGGAAGCAGAGGUCUUUCAUUAAAAGCUGGUGAAAACUCUUUAAUCCCUGGAAAAAUUGGCCAAAAUGUAAACUCGGAAACUUCUGAGCCUAAUUUAUAUUACAAUCAAUCGUCAAAGAUUUUAUAUGUCGAUUGCCCAGGACAAGAAGACACCCAUGGCUGGACUCAAGACCUCGCCAAUGCAUUUUAUAACUUUAGCGUAUUUAACUCUUGUCGAAAUAAAAUACUUUUAUAUGUCAUCAGCGAGCAUGAGAUAGCCACAAAAGCAGUUGUAUUCCGAAACUCAUUAGGACAAUUGCUUAGACUAUUUGAAAAUAACUUUGAAGAGCUCAUUAAUAACUCGUACUUGAUAUUUACUAUGAAGCAAAAUAUUUCAGAUUUUGCAUUAGCGCUAAGCGAUAUUAAUAUUGAUCAAACUUGCAUGAAUUAUAUAAGAUUUUUGAUUGAUAAUAACAGAAUUAUUUCUUUUCCGCAUCCGUCUCAGUUUUAUGAGAGACAAGUUGCUAAUGGAGAUUUGGUUCCUAAUAUCUAUAAAAAUGAAAUUUUAGAUAAAAUUGCUGAGUUGCCAGGGAUGCGUGAAUUGCAAAAUUUGAAUAUUUCAGUUGCAGCUGGAACUCUAAUUGCAAUUGAAGAGCCUGAAAAGAGCAUUAACAGGGAAUUUAUUGACUAUGUAAAUGGGCCAAUAAGCUCUGCUAUUGAAAAUAAAGCAAAUGAAAUUGUGAAUAGUGGGAAAAACCAAAGAUUAGCUGCUAUUAAUGUGAGGAACCGAUUAAUAGCAUUUAAAAGCAGCCUAGAUGCUCUAAAAAGCUCUCAAGAUUACAAUACGUUCGUGCAAGCCAUUACUUCUUUUGCAUCUCAAAAUGGAAUACAUUUAGCAACAGAAAAGCUUCAAGAAAAUUUGAAUUUUAUAAGCCUAUUUCGUCAAAUAAAGCCUGGAGCUUUUUCUGAUCAAAGUUUUUUGCAGCUAGCAUCUAUAAUUGCAGAUAGAAUUAAAUCAAAAAUCAAUGCAGAACCAUCUAUAGUUCCAAGUAUUCAAACAGAAGAGCGCCAAAGGCCAGGCUUAGAAAGAGAACACUAUAACACAACGCAUCACUGGCAAGGACCAUUCAAACGAACAACAAAGCAUCAUUUUCAAUACUAUAGGGUGUAUGAUACUUAUCAUAGGCAGGUAAUAAAGCAUACAUUUACCUUAACUAAUAAUCAAAGAGUUGAAUUUGUUGAAGAAGAACAAUGGCAAAAAGUUGGGGCUCCAAGAAAAGAGAAAGAUCAUACGGAUUGGUGCUUUGCUUAA